AUGGACCUGUUGGCUGUGCUCCCCCUCCAGUUUGGGAUGAAAUACAAGCCCGACUACGGCCCGGCCCGUGGUGCAGCUGUUAUCAAAGUCUUUGAAGGUCAGCCUGAUCACCUGAUUCCCUCAAUAGCAGACAGCCUGUUGGACGACGACUUGUUCGCCAUAGCAGGCCGCAUGAUUGGCCAUUCCUUUUUGCAUCAUGGGCCAAGUUUUCCAGGACUGAGCCCAGCUAUUAUUCACACGCUCCUUGGGGGCUCUUUGGAGACGACGCCGAUAACAGUGCAGGACUGCCCAGAUCUCGACAUUCGUGACAUUGUGGCAAUGCUCAGUGGAAAUGCUGAAAUAGACAACAAUGACAAGAUCAAACAGCUUAGCGUGCUGUGGAAUCUCCCCACACCGAGUCCUGCCAACAGGAAGUGGCUGUCUGAAAAGCUUCUUUUGCAUGUGGUGAUAAAGCGAACGAGGCGUCAAGUCAGUCAGUUCCGAAGAGGCCUCCAAGACACGGGACUGUGGCCUAUUCUUAUUCACCGAAAAGAGAUCAUCCCAAUUCUAUUUCCCAGGGAAGCAGAGACACAAGUCUCACCUCAGAUGCUUUUGGAUUGCAUCAGGUGGCCUUUGUCAACAACCGCCAUCUUUGAAUGCUACAAGGUGGUGGACUUCGAUGAGCGUGAUGCUGAGGAUGCAUCCAGAGUGUCUGGCUAUUUGAGAACCUUCAUUGAAAACGCCUCUUCUGCUGAGUUAAAGACUCUCAUUUGGUUCUGGAUCGGAUGGGAGGUGCCAGCUGCAGAAAUGACGGUGGAAAUAGUCGAGGGCGUGCUUCCCACAGCUGUAACGUGUUUUGAGAAACUGAGGCUGCCAAGGCACUACACUGAGUACAACACGUUCCAAGUGGAUCUGCGUGCAUGUAUAGCCACCAGCUGGAGCGGAUUUGGCUGCGCAUGAAUUACUGUAUUCAGCAAAACUUGCCAAACAGGAGCUGUUUCAUUUUAGGAAACAUAUGCAAAAAGGUUUUGACAAAAUUUCAAGGAUAAUUUGUGUUCAACUUUACGGUGCAGGCUGUGGAACCUGGAACAGCUGAAUUAGGUAGGCGCUGAAUGAUCCCCAUGUAAACUACCACUAUUAUCAUGCCAAAACUUCCAAUUGACAUUUUUCAAAUUUAGUGUAACAAAUAUGAAAAUACAACAUACUAAUAUAUUGUCUGGGGAUUCCGUGCAACCAAUGUUUGUGUAUUUGUUGUACAUUUACUUAAACAAAUUAUCAAUCUAUUCCUUAUUUGUCCUUUGCUUGCUCUCUCAUUUGGUGGGAGGAUUAAUUUGAUAUGUGUAAAUCUAGACCAUCAGGGUGAUUAUGGCGACAACAUAUAUCCAAAAUAAUGAUGAAAAAAAAUACUUGCAACCAGUGAAUCUCAAACAAUGGUCUCCACAAUCAAAGGCCAAACUCCUACCAAAAAUCUGAAAAAAAAAAUCAUAUUCCUAAAAAGAGUUACACGCUGAAUUUUAACAUCUUUUUAUAUUGUGGCCAACCCCACAAAACCGAGAACAAAUCCACAAGUGCUCACUUGCUUAUUUGCUUUAUCUUUAGCAAUGCAUGUUGAAAGCUGAAUGAUGCUCCCAAACAUUUUUAACGUUAAUGUUAUGUUCCCUCCUAUAUUUAAAAUACAGAAUUAGCUUUUUGUGCACUGUAUUGUCUGUGCUUUCAUCCUCGAUCAGGCAGUGUCAUAGUGGAAUUUUAAAAUUAGACACCAUCUCAUCCUGUACUUUCUACUUUGGCUUCAGACCAGACCGUUUUUACAAAAAAAAAAGAAAAUCUCGUCCACUUUCACCACUUUUUUUUCUAUUAUUCACAUACCCCGACAUUCAUUAAAGCAACAGCACUUUUUUUUUUUAUUUUACCAUUAUUAUCGAGACUAAACACAAGCAGCGUGUCUAACUCUCUUUGCUCUACGUUGCCCAGACUGUGUGGGUGGACGGUGUUUGUAAUUAUGAGUGGACCCCCUUUGAGGUCCGAAGGUCGAAGUCAGGUAAACUAGCAGGAGAUCGUGUGCUUCCGUGUUAAAAAAAAAAAAAAAAAGUCAGGCUGUGGUUCACUCCGCUGGAUUGGUUUUCAUGUGUGCUGAGAAUGUUGAUGUAUAUCUACUCAUAACAAAUUUUACAUGUGUGAUUUUUCAUGCUUGACUGUGCAGAUUUGCGAGUGCGAUGGUAUGCGGGUGUGAUUCCGCCCGUCAAAUCACAGUGACUGCAACACACUUCUUUUCCUUUCGGCUUGUUAGACCGUUAGGGGUCGCCACAGUGUGUCAUCUUAGAUCAGGAGGCGGGAACCUUUCCACUGGGAGAGCCAUAAAUGCCAAAUAUUUUAAAGCAUAAUUUCAAAAGUGCCAUGCAAUAUUUUAAAAAGCGAAGUACGGGUGUAUUUGCGCAUUUAUGUAGAACCAACACUUUUAGAGUACAAUAAAGUCUCUGAAUUCUUUUAAAUAACAACGUUAUGAUGUUGCUAACCAAUGAUGACAAAAGUACUUCUUACCAUUAAUGCGACAGCAAGUGCUGCACUUUGGAGUUCAUAUAUCUUCAGAUUAAGCUUCAUGCAGGCGUAGAGAUUUCCUACCGUUCAUUGUGAACGUAAUUAAAUUUGAUUUUCUAUCAUGCUGGUAGGAUGGUGAACAGUUCUUGGCGACAAAGGCAUGUCUUUUAUUCGUUUGAUUAUCUUGUCUUUAUGCGGAGUUGGCAAAAUGUUUAUUGGCAACGUCGACUACGAAUGCUUUGGCAUAUUUCCCAUCUGUUAAUUUAAAGGGGAACUCCACUGGUUUGCAUUAACAAUGUAUCCAAUAGGUAAAUGAUUUCCAACCUUUAUAGAGCCAAGGCACAUAUUUUCCAAUUGAAAAAUCCCACGGCUCACCAACAAAACUACAUGUCACCAAAAAUGGAUAGAUUAAUUACUGUAUGUACUUCCUGCCAUCUAAUACAAGAGGAUUUUUUUGUUCUGUCUGUCAUUGUGACU